AUGAAGACCUUUUAUCUACGUACUGUCCUUACGCUGCUUGCCGCCACCCGUACCGCAACGGCCGACGACCAGCCUUGCACCGCUCGUGAUGGCGAUGACUACUAUGACCUGAGCUCUCUUAAGUCAAGUACUGAUUACAGAUUCAAGUCGCCAGGCGGCUAUGAGUUCGUAUUGAACGUCUGCAAGCCAGUCGUUUCAGAUAUGUGGGCGAUCAAAGUAGACGACCCUGCGAUUGUCGGUGGGUUCUCUCGCCACGAGCGCGGAGACUUCUCCAUCGGGAAUACAAAUUCCACUCUAGUGGUUCAGAACGGUCAUCCAACGCUCUUGAUGACAGGUGGUUCUCGCUGCCCUGGCGCCGAUACUAUGACUGCCUCUACCGUCGUUCGGUUCACUUGCGAUACUUCUGUCUUAGGCCAACCCGAAUUGGUCGCACAAUUACCUCCAUCGGAUGUGGAUGCAUGUUCCUUUUUCAUCGAGUGGAGAAGCCAUGUAGCUUGUCCUACCCACGAGAAGACUGGAAGAAUAGGAUUCGUGACAGUCCUUGCCGCGAUAUUGACAACAUUAUUCAUGCUGUACAUCCUAGUGGGAACGUUCUACAAUCGUUACGUCCUCGAACUCCGAGGUUUCGAGCAGAUCCCACGCAUAUCGUUUUUCGCCUUCAGCGACAUUAUCGCAUUCUUCGGCGGUUGCAUGGACAGAACGCGACACCAGCCUUCCUGGCACUCCAACGGUGGCGGGACACGGAGGAGAGGCAGUGGUUCUGGCUAUACCGGGCUGGCGGAGGAAGAGGAGGCUAUGAUGGCCGGGCCGCCGGGCUUUCUGGACGAGCACGACGAGGAAGACGUACGUCCUCAAGGCGCUCACGGAAGCGAGAAUGCAAGGCCGGCGGGAAUUGACGCUGACGGCAUUAUACCACCCACAGUGGGUGCGUACACAACGAGUAACUACCCAAUGUAUGCCCAAGAAGAGGACUCGACCUACCUCAUGUAUCAGCAGCAGAUGCCGUACCAUCAGGUCGUGCAUCCCGGCCCUCCUCCUCGCCAGUUGUCAGAGACAGACCUGCAGCAAGCGAUGCACUAUCAGCGUUCCCUCAACAUGAUGCCUCCCCAGGCGCAUUACGCCGCCCCCGUGUACAACGCUUCCCCGCCUCAUGGCGUGAUGCCUCUUUCGGGCUCACCUCCCCCGUCGUCACCCAAUAUGUAUGACCCUCUCUCCCCUCCCGUCUCCGGAUCGGACACGUCCGCGGACGGGAUCUACCAUCACUCGCGCAACAGCUCUCUUACGGGCUCACCGUCGUCGUCGCGCGCCAAUUCGCUUGUUCACCGCCAUUCAUUGCGCUACAAUCCGACUCCGUCUCCCACGAGCUCAUCUACUGGACGUAGAAGCCGAGGUCGAUCAUUUUCAGACGACGACGACAUCAUGGGUGUUGCCAUGGCCGAGUCACUUGCGAACACGAGGAAGGAGGCGACGCGCCGCCAGAGGAUAGAGGCAGAGCAGAGACGUCGGGACGAGCUCCGGGAUGGAUAUGCGAGAUUGAAGGAGGUCUUGCCGGUGUCAAACCAGAAAAGUUCCAAGGUUUCUCUUCUGGAACGCGCGACGAAUCAUAUUGUAUCGUUGGAAAAGCAGAACAGGCAGUUGCAGGCCCGCCUCGCUCAAGUGGAGCAGGAGGUGCAGCGAUUGCGCGCUCUUAACGAGAAGAUUUCGCUCGGUGUUGCGAACACGCCCUCUCCGGGCCAGGUCAACAUGGACGCUCGUCCGCUGUCUCCUCCGCCCGAAGAUUCACAGCAAGCGCACCGCCUUACCUCCGUCGCUGGACAGGAACCUCCGAGCGAGUCCAGUCCGUCCGCAUCGGAGAAGGACUAUUGA